GAAAGAUAGUAGCAAAGUCCUUAAUUAAUUUUCAUUUUCUAGAGAAAAACUCAGUCAGCAGAAUGAUUUAGAUUAGAGUAGUCGUGGAUUCACUCGCGCCAUGUAAUAGAAGUUAGUUGAAAUUGGAUAAAAAGGACCACAUUCCUUUUUUUUUUUUUUUUCCUUUCAUCGUACCAUUAAAUUUACACUGAAAUCGCCAAAUACAACUAAAAGCACAACACUGAUCCUUUCAUUUGCAAAUUGCAAAUGCAGAAAGGAAAAGCGGAUUCUGUCUCCAUCCUCAGUUCCCUUCCUGAAGAUGUUGCCCUCAAAAUUGCUUCGCUGCUUCAGGUGCGGGAUUUGUGUGCCUUAGGUUGUUGUUCGAGGUUCUGGAGGGAACUCUGCUUCUCAGAUUGCAUUUGGGAGUCUCUUGUCAGAAACAGAUGGCCCUUACUCUCUUCCUUCCAUUUCCCUUCUUCUUCCACUCAUUCUCCCAAUUUCAAGAAGUGGAGGAAAUUGUACUUGGAGAGGCAAGUGGAAUUGGGACUUAGAGCAAGGUCUGUCGUGAAGUUUCUGGAAGCUUGUUCUCGUUCUGAGUCACUUGAGGUUGGUGACUAUCUGAAAGCUGUUGACACCUUGAUUGGUACCAUGUUUGGGUUUGAAGACGUGCAGAGGUUCUUGUUCAACCCUCAAAUGAAUGUGCUGAUUAACUUGGUUGGGCUACACUAUUGCCUCACAACCCUUGGGAUUCCGGGUGAUAAUCUUGUAGAAGCCCUUCGGACUCAUGAGAUCUCCGAUCGGCGUGUCUGCAUCAAGUGGUGGAAAGUUGGUAGAUGGUACUAUGGCUUCCGCAUGAGGGAUGAGUCACAUUCUCGGUGGGUUUCUUUGGCAGAUUUGGCAACAGAAGAUGAUGAGCAUGUUUUGGGAGUGCUUCGCCGAGGUACUGUUCAUGAGGUUUUACGUGUUCAGAUCUCUGUGGUUGGUCGUCCAUCAACACCUUGGUCCUGCCAGAUUACCCAGAGAUUGGAAUAGCUAUACGGAGAUAAACUAAAGUAUUGAUAUCUAUCUGAAUUAGUAUGUGUAUAGUUAUUGUUUGUAAAAUUCUGCGGUAACAUGUAUAGUUUGUCAUCAAAGAUAAGACAAUAAUAAGUUCAUAAUGUUCGUUAUCUUCUUUUCGUGGUAUAUUUGAACUCCAUAUCUCGUUGUAUAUAACUGAGGCUUUAUAACUUGAUAUAUGACAGCACCUCAUAAAAUGAAAAUAAGCCUUGAAGGUUUUGGUAA